UUAGUCGUCUUCCAGCGUACACUGCUCCCCGUCCGCCGACGCGGCUCCGGUGUUGACGUACUUGACCGGCACGAUCCGCUUUUUCUGCUUGAAGGGGUUGGGUAAGCCGCCUGAGUGACAGAAGGCCAAAACAUGACACACACAUACAUGAUGCAAAUCGUCUGCCUCGCGUACCACCACUGCUUGCAGACGGUACAGCGGCGCCGGGAAUGGCCUGAAUGCGACGCACGACAAACAGGACACAACACACAAGGAGUUCCAUCCGCGUGUGGCUCCUUGUUUUGUCUGUCAUCCACAGACGUCGUCCUCAGGGAUGCUCUGCUGCGCAUACGGCCCCGCGGGGAAGUACUCGGGCUGGAGGUCCUGGGCUUCCUUCGGGUCGAUUGCCUGAGAGACACACACAUGGAUGAAUGGAUGGAUGGAUGGAUAGGUGGAUUGGGGUGGCACCAUACCAGCCCGGUGUCCUUUUGCGUGUGCGUGUCCUUUUGUGUGUCGGGCGAACUCAUCUGAACAUGACAGCCACACAUACAUGGAGAGUAGAGAGAGAGAGCGAGAGAGACACGCGGCCGUUCGUCGCCCACCAUUUUGUAGGUGGGGAGAAACUCGCCAAAGCUCACGCCAGCGAUCUGGCAAACACAACACAGCACAGCACAGCACAAUACACCUACAGUAAUGCACAAAAUGCGCACAUAGACAAACUUCAGCUUACACGUGAGCACCCUUUGUGGUCGAUGUGAACACCAGUCUUCUCAUGCGUGUCACCAUACAGAUCGUCAUGCUGCACACGAAAGGCGCGAAGCGACCAUUGGAUGGUUCCAUCUCGUGGUUAUGUGCCUACUGCCUCUGGGUAUGACUGUGUUUUGGUGGCCGGGUAGUAGAGCUCUCGACAAACCUCAGAUACCCGCUCCACAACGGGCAGCAUCGGCCACGAGGCCGCCUGGGACACGACACGCGAUGUGGCUUGGUGUGUUGGGGUCUUGGGGUGAGGGUGGGUGGUGGGCUACAUACCAUCGUGCGCUUGCCGCUCAGCAUUUUGGGCAGGAGAGGGUCCUGCACCUCGGCCAUCGAACGAGAAACACACACCUGCACAUGGAACCACACACACACACACGCACACACACACAGAAACGGAGAGGCAUGAGAGGGUCAGUAUGGAGAGGCACGUGUUUGUGUGCUCGGCAUACCUUCUUCUGCACGAGCCCCGCGGCGUACUUGGCACUCCCAUUGUCAGCACCAGACUGGCCGCCCCACGCACUGAAGUUGAUGUAGUCACGGUAGUUCUUGAUGUCAGUCUGAGUGGAUGGAUUGAUGGAUGGAUGGAUGGAUGGAUCUAUACUCCCUUUGUGCACUCGCCACACAUACACACCGAUUUGAUGUAGUAGCGAGUGGGUGCGUCAGGCUCGCUCAUGCUGUCACUGAACAGACGACCCACACCAGCCAACUGAUGGACAGAGACAAGAAUUCAUCCAUCCAUCCAUUCCAUCUCCUCUGCCCUCCCCAUUUUCCCCCGCUCACCUUGGGUGUGUCGGAGGUUGCUCGAGCAUGACGACGUUCGAACCGCCGCCACCUCCCAACAUGCCCAUGGCACCCUAAACGCGUCCAUGGAUAUGAUGAGGGCAAGUAGGAGUCCGAUGUUUUCUUUUGCACCUGGAAGGGCAU